AUGGACGACGAGAAGGACGAGAAGGACGACGACACAGGCGCAGACGCAGACACCUUUCUCCUGCAGUGUCUGUCUGCCACGAUGCUCGCGGCCCCCAUACCGUAUCUACAGAUACGCUCCAUGUCUCACGUCUCAUAUCCACUUAUCCCCAUGUCCAUUCCAGGUCCAUUCCAGGUCCAGACGCCGACCCGCCGACCCGCCCACCCGCCGACCCGCCGACCCGCCGACCCGCCGACCCGCCGACCCGCCGACCCCACCGUUCGACUCGGUCCAACCCAAAAGACCCUCCCUGGCUUUCCCCAAGUCCUGGUCCCGAGCUUGAAAGGGGCGCCGGGCAUUCUGGGGUUUGAACCUUGA